CGGCGGGCGGCGGCUCCGGGCGCUGAGCCGGGUGCGGGGGGCCGGGGGGACCCUCGCCGCCUUGGUUUCUCCGCGGUGGGAAGCUCUCUGUGGUUUGGACUCGGAAGGCCAAGAUUAAAACAAGAAAAUACGGAUGUUUGUCAGGUUCUCUAAGCGGACGGGAGCGGCGAGUUAGGGUAGCUAGUUCUGCCGGAGCUCCAGAGCCGUUGUACUGCUUAGUGGAGUGUGGCUGGUGUUAAUCAGGGAGCUACGCCGGCCUGUCUUCGGUUUGGCUCAGGGUUGAGUUUAGCUGAGGCUGAGGGCUGUGCGGCUUGGUUCCAGAUCAGCAGAACUUCAGAGCCCCGCCAGUGCUUUAGUUUGAGGUGGAAAAAAAUAACUUUAGCUUUGCGUUGCAGUUCAGAGCGACGAUAUGUGUUCUUUCUUACGCUGUGAAGGUACAAGCUGAGUCUGACUCUUAAGUACCUGGGAUUUUUUCUGAUCUGUUUCCCAACCGGUCAACUUUCUCUGUUUUCCAGCAACAUCUUCAACGUUAUUUUUAAUUAAAACAUAGUAAAGUGAGUUUAUAUGGAAGAAAUGCUGUGGCUGUUCUCAACCUCUCUUACAAACUGAUUUCAGUGUGACAGUCUUCAGUAGUUUACGAGAUGAGCCAAACUCGUGGGAGAUAUGACUUCUGUAUUGGUCUGGUGUUGGCUAUGAGUUCCAGCAUUUUCAUUGGAGGAAGUUUCAUCCUGAAAAAGAAAGGCCUUCUCCGGUUAGCUAGGAAAGGUUCCAUGAGAGCAGGUCAAGGUGGUCAUGCAUAUCUUAAGGAGUGGCUGUGGUGGGCUGGACUUCUUUCAAUGGGAGCUGGCGAAGUAGCUAACUUUGCUGCCUAUGCUUUUGCACCAGCUACGUUAGUGACUCCUUUAGGAGCUCUCAGUGUUCUUGUAAGUGCCAUUCUGUCAUCCUUCUUUUUAAAUGAAAAACUUAAUCUACAUGGAAAAAUAGGGUGUUUGCUAAGCAUACUGGGAUCAACUGUGAUGGUAAUUCACGCUCCACAAGAGGAGGAAGUAGAAACUUUGAAUGAAAUGUCCCACAAGCUAGGUGAUCCAGGUUUUGUGGUCUUCGCAACUCUUGUUGUCAUUGUGUCUUUAAUUCUAAUAUUUGUGGUGGGACCUCGCCACGGACAGACCAACAUUCUCGUGUACAUAACAAUUUGCUCUGUAAUUGGAGCGUUAUCAGUCUCCUGUGUAAAAGGUUUGGGCAUCACUAUAAAGGAACUUUUUGCAGGAAAACCAGUGCUGAAACAUCCCUUGUCUUGGAUUCUGCUGCUAAGCCUUAUUGUCUGUGUGAGCACGCAGAUCAACUAUUUAAACAGGGCUCUGGAUAUAUUCAACACUUCGAUAGUGACUCCAAUAUAUUACGUAAUCUUUACAACAUCUGUUUUAACUUGUUCUGCCAUCCUCUUCAAGGAAUGGCAACACAUGGCGGCUGACGACAUUAUUGGCACCUUCAGUGGCUUCCUGACCAUUAUUGUGGGGAUCUUUUUAUUGCAUGCCUUCAAAGAUGUUAAUUUCACCCUAGCAAAUCUGCCCCUCUCUUUGCGGAAAGAUGACAGAGCAGCAAAUGGUACUUUGCUGAGCACGUUCGACUGCAUUAAUCACGAUGAAGAAAGUUCUGCCUGUGAAAUACAAUCCACUGAGAGCCUCUCGGCCAGGAGAAAUGGAAGUCUGUCAGCCUUCUGAAAAUACCUACGUGGUACUUACUUAAGGAAAGAACAAUUCUGGAACUCUCUUUUCGGCUGUGAAAUGUCUGAGCUUGUCUAGAAACUCAUGCCCUUUUUUAACAGUAUAUAUAGACAAUCGUUAAUUUUUAAGUUUGAUUAGUUUGGAUAAAGAACACUGAAGGGGUUUUUAUUUGCCUUAUUUUUACUUUAAAAAAUACUAAAAUGACCUCAGACCAUGGUUGUGUUGGCUUAAGUUAUGUGUAAAUACUUUCAUUUCAUUCUUCUGUUUUAAGAUGUAUUGCACUAAUGACAAUUUUAUCAAAAAUAAAUCGCUUUAUUUCUGCAUUGGUGGUAAAAAGA